GAAACCAUUCGUUUUCCGAGCUCAGCGUUAAGUAAUGGCGGAUGUGUUCGUACGGUGCUGCGUCAGAAAAAUGAAAUUUUCAACCUGUUCUGAAUGAGUGUGGUGAUUGAACUAGUGAAAAAAUGGAAGAUAGAAGCUUAGUGAAGGGAAAUAUUCUCGUAGCAGAACUAUAUUUUUUGAUUUCGAAAUUUUUGGCCAAUGGACCGCUGCGUGAGACCGCGAAGGUUUUGGUACAGGAGUUGGAACAUUUAGACAUUCUACCACGGCGUCUGGACUGGACCGGUCAGGAGCAUCGUCAGUCGCUGGAAGAGUUGGAAAGAAAGUAUCCUCAUGUGGGACCAGAGCAUUUACUCGAAAUAUGCAGCCGCAUCGGACCGCUGCUGGACAAGGUGCUGCCACCGGCAGUGUCCGGCGUCAUGUCCAUCCUUGGAGCUGGGCGGCAAAGUUUACUACGUACGAAGGAAAGUGUGUCCCGGCCACGCCAGCUAAUCGAUUACUACACACGCAUGCAUGAUCGACCGCUGAGCGAUGUGGUCAAUCGUAACAAUACCCACAACUUUGUGCGCGUGCUGUACGGGCGGGAAAGUGCGGGCCCAUUAACACGCCGUCAGGCCAUCCCGACCUCGUUCUACUCGAAGCAAACGUUACAGAGACGCACGCUUGGCCACCUUUCGGCGGUGUACUGUGUGCUGUUUGAUCGUACAGGCAACUAUAUCAUCACUGCGGCGGAUGACUUUCUCGUGAAGCUAUGGUCUGCCAUCGAUGGACGACUGUUGGCCACGUUUCGUGGUGCAUCGGCCGAAAUUACCGAUAUAGCGAUCAAUCUCGACAAUACGAUGCUAGCGGCCGGUUCACUCGAUCGUAUACUGCGUGUCUGGGACCUGCAGUACGGUGGCCCGAUUGCCGUGCUGUCCGGUCACACCGGGAUGAUUACGUCGGUCAACUUUUGUCCCUCGCCGAGGACUGAUUUACGUUUUCUGGUCACGACGAGUACGGACGGUUCGGUCGCAUUUUGGGAGUACAAUACACGUAACGGCAAAACAACCUUCUCAUCGAAGCCCACUUCCUACCACGAGAAGCUACGACCUGGCCAGGCACAAAUGAUCUGUGCAUCGUUCUCACCCGGUGGCAUCUUUAUGGCGGCCGGUUCGGCGGAUCAUCACGUCCGCGUGUAUCUGAUGUCGGAAGAUGGUCCGAAGCGUAUCCUCGAAACGGAAUCGCACUUGGACACGGUCGAUUCGAUUCAGUGGGCACACAACGGAUUAAACUUCAUCUCGGGCAGCAAGGACGGUACGGCACGGGUGUGGCACUUUGAAUCGCAACAGUGGAAAUCAAUUCGGCUUAAUAUGGCUGACCGACUGCCAAACUGUCCGCCGGUGAAUCAGGAGGAUAAUGUGAAGCUAAAGGUGACGAUGGUGUCGUGGGACAAUACGGAUAACUGGGUCAUCACGGCGGUGAACGAUUUUACGAUUAAGGUGUGGAAUGCGCAGACGGGCAAGCUGCAUCGGGUGUUGCGUGGCCACACGAACGAAAUCUAUGUGCUCGAAUCGCACCAGAAGGAUUCGGGCGUGUUGCUGUCGGCUGGACACGACGGCCAGCUCUUCAUUUGGGACAUUGUGGAGGGCGUUUCGAUGGCAAACUUUGUGAACCGCAUUGAUGAUCAUUGCGAAGGUGGCAUUUACGAUGCGAAGUGGUCCCCGGAUGGUAUGAUGAUUGCGGCCACCGAUUCGCACGGCCAUAUCCUAAUGUUCGGCUAUGGAUCGGGGCACGAAAAGCUAAAGCAGUUGCCACAGGAGUUGUUCUUUCACACGGAUUACCGUCCGCUCAUAAGGGACUCAGCCCUGCAUGUGAUGGACGAGCAGACACAAACGAUGCCACAUUUGAUGCCACCACCGUUUCUGGUGGACAUUGACGGUAAUCCGUAUCCACCAGCGUUACAGCGAUUAGUGCCAGGGAGGGAAAAUUGUCCCACGGAUCAACUGAUACCGAACAUCAGUGUAGGUGGUGAAGGAGGAGCUGAGAUACAGCAACCUGCGGGUGUUCAGCCAGCAGCAGCAGCAGCAGCAGCAGCAGCAGCAGCAGCAGCAGCACGGGUACCAGCAGGCGCCCAGGAAGUUGCAGGUGGCGCGUAUUCUAACAUUGAUCGCAUGAUCGAAGCCCUGGCAAACCGACGAGGGGUUGAGGGUGGUGGCGGUCGAGGUGGUGGUGCUCAAGGAGACGACGACAAUCAAGCGCCCGAUUCAAACAACGAGCGAGCGCGUGAAGAUGACGGUGGUCCCUUUCAACCCGGACCUGCACGUCCCCCAAACAACGCUAACCCCCAGGCUGGGGGAAGAAAUGGACAGCAGCGUGGUUUUGGUUCGGCCGGGAACUGGCACCGCACCGAGGAAGGUUUCAAAUUCCACCGACGUCAGUAUGUGCGACCGAUGAGUCACGCCGCAAUGGUGAAUCUGAAGCAGCGCGUUUACUCGGCCGGCGUACAAGAGCAAGAAGUAUAUCGGCGGGAGAUGCGUCGUCGUCCGGUGAUGAUCAACACUGCCAACAGUGCGUCCGCAUCAGGUGGAUCGUCUUCGUUUCUUGGUGGAAAUCGAAGGGCGGCUCGUGCGGCAGGUGGUGCUAAUCGCUCACUGCGCCGUGCCAAUGGAGGUGAGGGAGGUGCGAACGGUGCCGCCAGACCGGCGUACCGUACGCGAGCGGUGCGGGAGAAUGAACCAGCACCACCCGAACCGGAUGACGAUGAUGCACACGAAGAGCAGAAUGAAUCAUCGUCGUCCGAAUCGAGCAACAGCGACUACUCGACUGCAAUCGAAGAGAAACUGGAUUUAUCGGGCAGCAGCUCGAGCGAUACUGCCAGCUCUGACUAUUCCGAUUGGGUGUCACACGAACCGGGUCGUAACCUAGAGCCUCCGAAGCGUUCCAAGCGAAAGCAUGUCCAGAGGCGUGCAUACUCGCCACCGGAUCCUGACCAGCCGGGUCCAAGUCAUGCGACUCCCGGUACCAGCAGUGGCCCAACGGGCGGUCGACGUCGUUCGACCAAGGUUCGAAAAAUACCACUGACGCGUGACGGCGAAAUCCCCGAACAAUUCCGACCGCCCGAAUGGUUGUCCGAAGUGAUUCCAAGAAAAGCGCCGUACUACCCACAGAUGGGCGAUGAGGUUGUGUAUUUCCGACAGGGCCAUCAGCGCUACCUCGAAGCAGUACGCAGCAAAUCGGUGUACAAUCUUGGCAACCGAUGUGAACCUUGGUCCGGGAUGGAAAUUCAAGCGCACGAACUGUGCAAAGUGAUCGGUAUCAAGUACGAGAUCCGUCCGCCACGGUUGUGCUGCCUGAAGUUGGCAAUCAUCACAGAAGAUGGUGAGCUAACGGGACGUUCCUUUGCCAUCAAGUAUCACGACAUGCCGGACGUACUGGACUUUCUGGUGCUGAAGCAAACGUUCGAUACGUCGGUUAGACGAAACUGGGGUCCGGGCGAUCGGUUCCGCUGCAUGAUCGAAGACGUCUGGUGGACCGGUCAGAUCGAGUCACACAAUCAGCUUUCACCGGACUUUCCGGACUCGCUGUUUAUGUGCUUCCGGGUGCGUUGGGACAAUGCCGAGUACGAACUAAUGAGCCCGUGGGAUCUUGAGCCGGUGGACGAAUCGCGACAACCGGAGGAGGUGGGCGGUGCUGUACCGGUACUGCCAGAAGAACUGCAGGCAACGCUGUACCAACCGAAGCCAGAGGAAUGGCCACGGGGUGAUCGUGAUGCUUCGUGUCGGCGCAUUAUUGCCGGUUUGGAGCAGGUGAUGGGACUAGCGAUAGCGGAUCUCUUUCUUGCACCGGUCGAUCUCAACAUCUAUCCGGAGUAUGCGUUCGUGGUGGAGUAUCCGAUCGAUUUGAACACGAUCAAAUCAAGGUUUGAAAAUCAUUUCUAUCGACGCAUCACCUCGGCACAGUUUGAUGUGCGUUAUCUAGCGACGAAUGCUGAGAAAUUCAACGAAUCGCACAGUACAAUCGUGCGAAACGCGCGCAUUAUCACCGAUCUGUGUUUGCGCAUACUUAGUGAUCUCAAUGAAAUUGAUGUGCCGGCAGUAUAUCACCAGCUGGUUGAUACAUACCUAUCAUCCGAUUCGGAGACUGAAAGGCAUCGACCUGGUCCAUCGACAAGUUCUGCUGGAGGUGCUGGUCCAUCUGGAAGUGGCAUCUCAAACAAUCGACGCACGGGUUCGCGCAGAUCGAGACGGCUAGUACCGGAAGGAGAUUGGCGUGUUGACUGUCGGGAGCUGUUGGAAAUGAUUUGGCAAUGUGAUGAUUCGGAACCAUUCCGGGAACCGGUCGACACAAUAGAGCACCCCGACUAUCUGCAAAUUAUCGAUACGCCAAUGGACUUGCGCACGAUCAAGGAAGAUUUGCUCGGUGGCAAUUACGAUUCGCCAUACGAUUUCUGCAAGGAUAUGCGACUAAUCUUUCAAAACUCACGCAAUUAUAACACCAACAAGCGAUCGAGGAUCUACUCGAUGACUCUUCGACUGAGCACACUGUUCGAGGCCCACAUAAAGGCUGUCAUUUACAAUUGGAAAUCGGCCCGUAGGCGUAACCGGGGUGUGGGUAGCAAUCACGAUCUCCCUUCGGCUAGCGGUAGCAACGGACUAGCGCCGUCAUCGAAAAGGCGUCGCCAAGAUCGUCGAGAUGGAGCAGGUCCGAGCAGUAGUCGAAGAGGAGGAGGCGGUGCAGCAUUGAACAGCAGCAGCUCAGCAAUGAACACGAGUGGAAGCUCUUCGCGUACCACUGCCAGCCACAAUACGGCGCAAUCCGAUGAUGACGACGAUGAUGAUGACGAUGAUGAGGAAGCAGGUGAUCGUCGUGGGGUGAAAAAUCGAUCUACCAAGCGUACCAGAAACGGUGGAAUGCUAACGUCAUCUUCAUCGCGUCGUGGUCAUUCAUCGACGAAUGUGGCGGGCGGUUCCAACGGUGUAUCGUCGUCUUCGGCAGGAGGAGGAUUAAGUAACAGCAACAAUGUGAUAGACCCGCUAAACAUACCGGGUCCCAGUAGUAGUCGAAGCAGUCGUGGAGCAACCGGUGUUCGUGCGCGAAUGCUGACACGUCGUGGCCGCAGGUCGCAAGAUGAAGACGAGGAAGAGGAGGAGGAGGCAGCAAGUAGCGAUGAGUCGGAUGUGAGCAGUAGUGAUACGACCAGCGAAUCAGAAAGCGAUGACGAUGAUGAUGAUGAUAGUACGGGAGUGCCAGUUUCGCAUCGUGCUGAUUAUGAUUCGGGCGAGAUGUACGAUCCGUACAAACGACGCAAACAACGAUCACAGCAGAAGAAGAAGAAGCAGAAGAAAAAUAAGAAAGUUCACCGAAAAGCCAGUGGUGGCAAGCACACAACAGUCAGUUCAACGACCAAACGGAAACGUCCCGGCGUGUUGGAUGACACGCCACCGCAAGUGUCAAGUGGACGGCGUGCCCCUGCGGCUGUUCGUGCUGUGCGACAGGAUCUCUUCGGUACGGGAUCCACUCAAGCCAGUCAUGCCGUUGGUGGUGAAAAUGGUGGUACACGUUCGCUUCGUAAUGGAGCCACCCCCAGCGUUCCAGGGACAUCCAGAGUAAUACAGGAUGGCGAUGAGGGUCAAGCAGGGCCAUCGGGACAAAAUGAAAACAGCAAGCCAAAGAGUAUGAUGGGAAGCAAGCGGCCACGCAGAAGCACCCGACAUCAGUUGGAUGAUACGACCGAUGAAGAAGAUGGUGAGGUUGACAGUGAGCAAGAAGCGAGAGAAGAGAGAGGAUCCGGUGAAGGGCGUACUUAUCGUGGUCCUCCGGCGAAACGUAAUCGUAGUCGAUAUGAAUCCGACCACAGCUACCAUAAGGAACGUCCAAAGACGUCACGAAUAGUGUCCGAUUCCGAUAACGAACCCGUCGGCGAGCCUUCGCGAUCGACCAGAGGCAGUGUACGACGUGCACGAGCCGAGUGGGGCAAGAGCGAAGAUAGCUUAGAAGAGCAGAACAAUGGCGAAGAUGAUGGUGACGAUCAUGAGGAAGAGGACGACGUGGACGAUGAUGAUCGUCGCCAAGGUAGAAGACAUAGUGGUGCUGACAAACUUCGCUCCGAAAAUGAUGAUGAUGAGGAGGAGGAUAAGGACGAUGAUGACGAGGAUGACGACGACGACGAUGAUGAUAAUGUUCGGGUUGGACGAAGCACUCGCCAGACGGCGGUACCAUCUUCUAGCGCUCCAUCGACACGACGCAUGCGAGCUCGCAAGCUUCCACCAUCCGACCACGAACAGAGUCCAGAAGAAACGAGCAACAUCAGCAAACGUAGCUCGGCAACACAGCGAACACAGCGUGCCGUCUCGGGACAAAAUCAUUCUAGUACUAGACAGACGGCUUCGUCCAGUGGUAGCACACGGAACAACUGGUAUGCCAGCGAGAGUGACAAUGAUGUUAACCACACGUCGUCGGCUGCUGUUGCCUCGACAAGUUUCCAUCCCGUGCGUUCUUCUUCACGGCGUUUGAUUGUGGAAUCGUCCAACAGCGCGGUAGUUGCUGCUAACGGGUCAACCAGUGGUUCCUCGAUGGUGCGAAGAACGAUCACGAGUACCAGUACCGUGACGACGGUUCGACGUUUGCGAGGAAUGGAAGCAAAUACGUCCAGUGGUGGCACUGCUACACCACCACCACACACCGUUGAUCAUAACUACGGUGAACCAGGCCCUUCCUCCAGAUCUGCAGCUUCAUCGAGUGGCACAAGCGGUACGGUAUCCGGUACGUCUACCAAUGUCCAUCCUACUGCUAACAGUUCCACAGCUGUUGGUGGUGUUAGCGAUAUGAGAAGAACUCGAACUCGUAGCACUGUACUGUCCCGCCAUCAACGAAAUCCGGACGAGCUUGAUCAGGGUGUGACGGCGGCGGUGGUGCAAGGAACUCGCCAGCACGAUGAGAUCGGUGGCAGUGGGGCGGCGGCUGACGAUGGAAGUGAUGAGGAUGACAAUCAACCGUUAAGGAUAGCGACGGCUCCUCCUAGAUCGUCACGUUCCAAUACGGCUCGACAGCUAAGGGCAAGAACGGACGCUGAAGGUUCUGUGCCUUUGAAAAGGAAAUCCACAACGCGUAUUUCGUCGUCACCCGAAGAGGAUCUGCCCGAGGGCGCCGAUAGUGAUGAUAGUGAUGAUUCCGAGGACGAUAAUACACCACUGCAUAUGAUGGCGGGAUCAUCCUCCAGGACGCGUAACAGUCGCUCGCAAACUGCAUCAGUCGCUGGUACACCGAAGAAGAACGAAAGCAGCACGUUCGGUGCCCGUAUGGCGGCGCAUCGAUCACGGCGGAAAGAGCGGUAUACAUCGGAUGAAGAGUAUGAGGCACCAGGUCCCUCGAGCGGACGCUCAACACGAAAGCUGAAACGUCCCCGUUACAACGAAGAAUCGGAAGAGGAAGAUGAGGACGACCAUCAUCAGCAUCAUCGGGGAGACAACAAUCAUCAUAACAAUCGAGCGCAACGAAACACUACACGCCAACGUCAGCGAGUGUUACGACAGGACGACAACGAGGACGAUGACGAUGACGACGAAGAGGACGACAUUGCCCGUGCGCUGGCAAACAUUCGGCAGCGAUCCCGCCGACAGCUAGCGUCCUCCUCCUCAUCCACGGCGGUACAGCGCGACGACGAGGCUAGCGGUGGUAACGCAUCGAACACAACGGCAGCCAACAAUGGUAGUACCAAUAGUCAUAAUAAUAGGGUGGUGGAUAACCAUCAUCAUCACAACACAACACAACAGCAACCGUAUCAUCAUGCUCCUCCUCCUCCUUCUCGCCAUCAGUCAGCAACCGGCAACCAGCCACGACGCGUUAUCGACGAAGCUGAGCAAAGAUUGCGGCCGCAAUAUCAUCCUCACCGGAGCAAUGGUGCCGGUCGCGUGCCACGUGACAGCAGUCAUCUGCGGGACGGUCAGCAGCAGCCCGAUGAUGAUAAUGUAGCGGUGUCAGCGGGAGUGUCAGCUAGACAAUCGUCAAGAUAUACAAGAGGGCGCGACCAUCAUUGUCAUAAUAGUGACGAGGAUGACGAGGAUGUGCAGGAGGACGAUUUGCUGGAGAGUGGUACCGAUGAUGCUGCCACGCUGCUAACCAGCGUUAGUAGUCGUGGCCGUAUACGGCGCAUUAACCCAAGGGUGCGGAAAAUAUUCGGUGAAUAGUACUACGCCCCGGAAGGUGGGGAGGACACUAGCAGCAGU